GCGGCGCGGCCCGGCCCGAGCAAGGGCGGGGGUCGGCGAGCAGCGCCUGGCGGCGGUGAGCCGGGGCCAUGCAGGCGCGCUACUCCGUGUCCAGCCCCAACUCCCUGGGAGUGGUUCCCUACCUCGGCGGCGAGCAGAGCUACUACCGCGCGGCCGCAGCGGCGGCCGGGGGCGGCUACACCGCCAUGCCGGCCCCUAUGAGCGUGUACUCGCACCCUGCUCACGCUGAGCAGUACCCCGGCAGCAUGGCGCGCGCCUACGGGCCUUACACGCCGCAGCCGCAGCCCAAAGACAUGGUGAAGCCGCCCUACAGCUACAUCGCUCUUAUCACCAUGGCCAUCCAGAAUGCUCCGGACAAGAAGAUCACUCUGAAUGGCAUUUACCAGUUCAUCAUGGACCGCUUCCCCUUCUACCGGGACAAUAAGCAAGGCUGGCAGAACAGCAUCCGGCACAACCUCUCACUCAACGAGUGCUUCGUCAAGGUGCCCCGCGACGACAAGAAGCCAGGCAAGGGCAGCUACUGGACGCUGGACCCGGACUCCUACAACAUGUUCGAGAAUGGAAGCUUCCUGAGGCGGCGGCGGCGCUUCAAGAAGAAGGACGCGGUGAAGGACAAGGAGGAGAAGGGCCGGCUGCACCUCCAGGAACCGCCGGCGACACAGGCCGGCCGCCAGCCCACGUCCGCGCCCCCGGAGCAGGCUGAGGGUUCUGCUCCCGGGCCGCAGCCGCCGCCCGUGCGCAUCCAGGACAUCAAAACAGAGAACGGUACGUGUCCCUCGCCGCCCCAGCCCUUGUCCCCGGCUGCCGCCCUAGGCAGCGGUAGCGCCGCCACAGUGCCUAAAAUCGAGAGCCCCGACAGUAGCAGCAGCAGCCUGUCGAGCGGGAGCAGCCCCCCGGGUAGCCUGCCGUCGGCGCGGCCACUGAGCCUGGACGCUGCAGAACCCGCGCCGCCGCCACAGCCCGCGCCGCCGCCGCAUCACAGCCAGGGCUUCAGCGUGGACAACAUCAUGACGUCGCUGCGGGGGUCGCCGCAGGGCUCGGCCGCGGAACUUGGUUCCAGCCUCCUGGCCUCCGCGGCAGCGUCCUCUCGAGCGGGCAUCGCUCCCUCGUUGGCGCUGGGAGCUUACUCGCCUGGCCAGAGCUCCCUCUACAGCUCCCCCUGCAGCCAGAGCUCCAGUGCGGGCAGCUCGGGCGGCGGUGGCGGAGGUGGCGGCGGCGGCGGCAGCAGCGCGGGGGGUACCGGGGGUGCCGGCACCUAUCACUGCAACCUGCAGGCCAUGAGCCUGUACGCGGCGGGCGAGCGCGGCGGUCACUUGCAGGGCCCGGCUGGAAGCUCAGGCAGCGCAGCGGUGGACGACCCCCUGCCUGACUACUCACUGCCCCCUGCUACCAGCAGCAGCUCUUCGUCCCUGAGUCACGGAGGGGGCGGCCAGGAGGCCAGCCACCACCCCGCGUCCCACCAAGGCCGGCUCACCUCAUGGUACCUGAACCAGGCAGGUGGAGACCUGGGUCACUUGGCGAGCGCAGCGGCGGCCGCUGCAGCCGCGGGCUACCCUGGCCAACAGCAGAACUUCCACUCGGUGCGGGAGAUGUUCGAGUCGCAGAGGAUCGGCUUGAACAACUCUCCGGUGAAUGGGAAUAGUAGUUGCCAAAUGGCUUUUCCUGCCAGCCAGUCUCUGUACCGCACGUCGGGGGCUUUCGUCUAUGACUGUAGCAAAUUCUGACCCCAUCCUUGACACCCUCAGAGCUGGACGAAAUGGAAGCCCAGAGCAGGAGCAGUAAAAGAACCCAGCAAUAUAAAAUCGAAACUAAAAAACAUAAAAAAAAUUAAAACUGAGAAGAUUCACCACACCAGCGAACAGAAUCUCUCCCGAAAUUCAAUUCACCAGCUCAAAGAAAAUCUAUUUUUCUAAAAGAUUAACUCAGCGCCUCCUCCACUUUGCCUUAUCUAAGUAAGCGAAACCGUAAACUAUUUUGUACAGACAGCAAAAUCAUGGUUUAUUAAAGGACAGUUUACUCCAGAUACCACGUAAGUUUCUUCUUGCGUUCAGAGACCGCCUUCCUGCUCCUUCAUCUUGCCCCUCUGCCUCUGCCUUGCCUCUCACCUGUAAGAUAUUUUAUCCUAUGUCGAAAGAAAGGGGAAAGUCCCUGUUUAUGAAAAUUGCUUUCUUUUUAUUCAUGGACUUGUUUUUAAAUGUAAAUUGCAAUAUAGUAAUUUAUUUUUAAUUUGUAGUUGGAUGUUACGGACCAAACACCAGAAAGUGUUCCAAAAGCUUUUAAAGUUAAAUUGCCUGAAACUUUAAAAUGUGCCUUUUCUCUCAUUAUAAAAAGGGAAACUGUAUUAAUCUCAUUCUAUCAUCCUUUUUGUUGAUCAUAUCCAUUGUUUGUUUAUUAAUAAAUUGCCAUUCAGUUUGAAUAAGACCUAUAUGUCUGGGUACUUUAAUACAGCUUUAGUAUAAAGAAAAUUUUCAGAGAGGAAAUUGUAGGAGACCUCUGCCAGAUCUCUGAAAUGUGGAGAAAACCUCCUCUAGUUCACAGCAAAUUUCGCUAAAGGCAUUUUUAAAAUUGUUUAGUAGAUUUUUCCCCCUAUGGCUUUUUUUUUUUUUUUU